UAAUAUUUUCUCAUCCUAUGCGGGGGGAGCGCGUGUCCGGGUGACAUGGAAUCUACGUAACGUAACAAUUGCCAAAGCAAGCAGAGGAGGAAACUGAACAGACAAAGUAAAAGCAAUGAACUUUAAUGUGAACAGCCGAUCAAUGUGCAUUGCCGCGGAAGACUGGAAGACGACCUGACGGCUCGUAGGAAAAAGCUCAAUUUUCAACUGAAAGACCCCAUAAUCCAUCUCCUCUGCUCCUCUCUUCCUUUGCUCUGUUUCUCUCUGCUCUGAGUUUUGGAGAUAGCAAGGGACUGAUGUUUGAUCUGAUCCGAUAAUUGAAGAGAACAAUGGGGGACGUCGGUGAAGGGUCGAAAGGAAGAAGGGCAGCCGCAGACACGACGCUGACCGACAUAGUCUUCUCUUGGUCCAUUGACGACAUCUUCAACGGCAAUCUCUACAAGUACCAGGUGGGUAAGAUCCCUGAAAGAUUUCCUUCAGUCAAGCACUAUCUCCGGUCUUUUGUGUAUCCUCUGCUGGAAGAAACACGAGCAGAGCUAUGCUCAAGCAUGGAGACAAUCUCCACGUUACCUUAUGCAGAAGUCAGAGAACUGGCGGAGUGCAAGUCUGACGGAAAGAAUUUGUAUAAAGUUAAGGUCGAUUUCUGGAGAAAUCUAUCGAGCAAUAGAAGAAAGGAACCUUGCAUAAUUUCAAAAAGAGCCCUUUUACUUCUAACUGAAUCAAAACCAGAAUCAGUUUCCGACCUGAAGAGGAUGGGAAGGACGUAUGCAUUUGCAUAUGUUACUAAGACCUCCUAUGACAAAAGGGAAGUUGAAGUAGCCACCGGGAAGAAUGUGGGAGAUAUAGAUCUGAAACAUGGGCGAUUAUUUGCCAUCGGCAUUCAGAGCUUGACCACAAUUGCAAGGCUAUGGACUGCUUUGCACACGAGUGGUAACCUGAAUGUCAUCAAGGAAGUUUUGUGCACUAAUUCUCCGGGUGAGGAGGAAUGCAGUGUCUGUUCUGUGCAGAAUGACGAAUUUCGCGAUGCCAAUGUCACACGAAAUUUAGUGAACGAUCUGAACAGGUCCCAAGUGGAUGCUAUCAUUACAUGUCUUCGUAGGACUUCUUGUCAGCAUAAGCCUGUGGUAAAACUCAUUUGGGGACCGCCAGGGACCGGGAAAACGAAAACUGCUGCAAUGUUGCUCUUAAACCUCCUAGAAAUGAAGUGCAGGACUGUGGUUUGUGCCCCCACAAAUGUCGCUGUCAUUGAAGUUGCCUCUCGGUUGGUACACCUCAUGAAAGGAUCAGCUUCCUUGGGAGACGUUCUCCUCUUCGGGAACAACGAACGGCUCAAGGUAUGGGACUCGGAUGUUAGAGCGAUAUUCAUAGACUAUCGAGUUGAUGCUAUUGCAGAAUGCCGUGCUCUGCUAUCAGGGUGGAAGCAUUACAUAUCUUCUGCAAUAACCUUUUUUGAAGAUCCUGUCCCUCAGUACCGCCUCUCUCUGGAAAACGUAACCAGAAAGAAAAAAUCAUUUCUUCAGUAUAUGAGGAAGACAUUUUCAUCUACCAUGGAGCCCCUAGAGAGAUGCCUCUCCACCUUGUCCACUCAUAUAUGCGCGAAUUACGUUCCAAAUCAUAGUGUCCGAAGUAUCACAGAGCUUUUUGGCCACCUCAAAUUGUUUCGUGCUGCAUUAUGGGGAAAGAAUUUGAAUUUUCUCCCGCAAAGACUGGAGGAGAUAUUUUCAAGCCAAUCUGGGGACAGGUUUUCAUCCCAAGCUCUAACAUGCCCCAUGUUGACUUUAUACUCUAAGAGAUGCGAAUGCCUCGCAGCCUUAAAAUCAGUUCGAGAUUCUCUUGAUGAGCUGAAUCUUCCUUAUUUUUCAAGUAAACGCAUGAUAAAGAAAUUCUGCUUUCAAUCAGCUACAUUGAUCUUCUGCACUGCCUUUAAUACAUCUAAGCUGCACGAGCGCAAAGCCAACGUAGAGCCACCAAAGCUGUUGGUGAUCGAUGAAGCUGCUCAGUUAAAAGAAUGCGAUUCGGUGAUUCCACUGCAACUUCCUGGACUUAAACAUGCUAUUCUUAUUGGAGAUGAGCGCCAGUUACCGUCUGUCGUCAAUAGUGAUGUUUCAAAUGGAGCCCGUUUUGGUCGAAGUUUAUUCGAGAGAUUGAGUUCUCUUGGAAAAUUGAAGCAUCCACUCAAUGUGCAGUACAGAAUGCACCCAUCAAUAAGUUGCUUUCCAAAUCAGACAUUUUAUAGCAGCCAGAUUCACGACGGUCCAAAUGUAAAUCACGAGAGUUACACAAAGCAGUAUCUACCAGGGCAGAUGUUUGGUUCAUAUUCUUUCAUAAAUGUUUCUGAGGGAAGGGAAGAGUGCGAAAAUAAUGGAACAAGCCUGAGAAACCUUGUAGAAGCUGCUGUAGCUUUGCAGAUUUUGGGCAAUCUCUAUGAAGCAUGGAGCUUGUCAUCAAAGCAAAAGCUCAACGUUGGAAUAAUAUCACCAUACGCAGGUCAGGUUGGAGAGAUUAGUAAAAGGCUUGGAGAAAAAUAUGAAAACUCCGACGGCUUCACAGUGACGAUAAAUACAGUGGAUGGCUUCCAAGGCAAAGAGAAGGACAUCAUCAUUUUAUCCACUGUAAGGUCGAACAGCCGGGGUUCUAUCGGAUUCUUGGCCAACAUAAAUCGAACGAAUGUAGCUCUCACCCGAGCAAGGCAUGCCAUUUGGAUUUUGGGGAACGAGAGAACAAUGCGAGCGAGUUCGACAGUGUGGGAAGCUUUGGUUUAUGAUGCUAUGGAUCGUGGGCUUUUUUUUGAUGCAUAUGACGACGAAGGUUUAGCAAAGGCGAUGUUGGAAGCUGAGAGAGAAGAUCUCCAGGUUCCGAUUUCUUGGCAGACGCCAUUCGAGGUUCCCUUUCGCGGAGAUUCUUUGAGUGCAAAUAGCAAAGACACUUCCAAUUGUGAACUUUACAUGCAGCAUUCGAAGGUGGAGAAGAGCUUGCUAUCAAUGAAAUUCUGCUCACUGUCCUUACGAACUGAGCAAGACAGCAAAGAAGUGCAGCUUCCAUUUGAACUUUCUAAGGAACAGCGCGAGAUAAUCCAGUUCCCUCUAAGCACCUUCAUACAGGGAGGGUCAGGAACUGGGAAGACAACAGUUCUGAUAAUGAAGUUGCUUCAGAGGGAGCAGCUUCACCGAAUGUCUACGAGUGAUUACAGGGUCACUAGAAAUGUCAAUUGUGGGAAAAAGGAUUCCAAAGAGAUGCUUGAAAAGACGCCCACUCGUGUUUUACGCCAGCUAUUUGUUACUGCCAGUUUGAAAUUGUGUGUUGCUGUCAGACAACAGCUUUCACAGCUGAAAAGCUUUACCGGCAGAGGAAAUUUCCCGGGGGCAAGCUCUUCAAUUGAUGCCGACUUCAACGACAUUCCCAACUCUUUCGUUGGAAUUCCUCAGGAGUCAUAUCCCCUCGUCGUAACGUUUCACAAGUUUAUCAUGAUGCUUGAUGGAAGCAUUGGUGUCUCAUAUUUCAAGAGAUUCCCUCAGUUGAGAGACAUACGCCGGGAGAAAUUCGGAGCUGCAAGAUCACUUGCUUUACAGGCUUUCAUACGAGAGAAAGAGGUCAACUACGAGAAGUUUUGUGAAACUUAUUGGCCUCAUUUCAAUAAUAAGCUCACUGGAAAGCUUGAUUCUUUGACAGUCUUUACAGAGAUAAUAUAUCGCAUCAAAGCUGGUCUCCAUAUUAAAGAGUCUCCGAGUGGCAGGCUCAGUAGGACUGACUACGUCUCACUCUCAAAGGGUCGUGGCUCAUAUCUGACUCGGGACCAACUACAUAAAGUGUAUGAUGUUUUUCUUGAGUAUGAAAUGAAGAAGUUAGAGCAUGGAGAAUUCGACCUCUCAGAUGUCGUGAACGAUCUUCAGUCUCGCUUCCGAUGUGAAAAGAUGAAGGGGGAUGAGAUGGACUUUGUUUAUAUUGAUGAAGUGCAGGAUAUCACGAUGGGGCAGAUUGAACUGUUCAAGUACGUUUCUCAAAAUGUUGAGGAGGGCUUUGUCUUCUCUGGUGACACUGCCCAGACGAUCGGGAGUGGAAUUGAUUUUAGGUUUGAGGAUGUGCGUAGACUGUUCAACAAGGAAUUCUUGCAGGAAUCUGAAGAUGGAGGGAAGGUCUCCAAAAUUUUUCAGUUGUCCCAGAACUUCCGGACCCACACCGGCAUUCUCAAGCUCGCGCAUAGUGUUUUUGACCUUCUAUGCCAUUUCUUUCCCUUACUUGUUGAUGUGCUGAACCCAGAAACGAGUGCCAUUCAUGGUGAAGCCCCGAUUUUCCUCAAGCUAGGGAAGGACCGAAAAUCCAUACUUUCUGUUUUUGGUAAGAAAGGAAAUGCUGCAGGCCUGGGGACAGAGCAGGUCAUUCUAGUUCGGGACAAUUGUGCUCGAGAGGAAGUUUUCAAAUAUGUUGGAAAGCAAGCCCCCGUUUUGACUGUAAUGGAGUGCAAAGGAUUAGAGUUUCAGGAUGUGGUGCUCUACAACUUCUUUGGUUCGUCACCGAUGAAGAAUAAAUGGAGGGUCAUCUACAACUACAUGAAGAACCAGAACUUGUUGGAUAAUAGCUUUGUUGCUCGCUACCCGCAAUUCGACCCAGUAGGACACAACAUCUUAUUCUCCGAACUGAAGCAACUGUAUGUUGCUAUCACCCGGACGAGGCAGAGGCUGUGGAUCUGUGAGAAAUCUGAGGAUCUUUUGAAGCCAAUGGUUGAGUACUGGAGGAAUCUUAACCUCAUUAAAGAGAGACAGGAAACUUGGACAGUUAAAAUCAAUUAAGCGAUGGAAGCCGCGAGCAAUUCCAAGUAGUGGAAGUAACAGUGCUUGAAUGUGCUCUCUACUGAUCAAACUCCCCUUCCGUUUUUCAACAUUGUUCUCGUGAUUAUUCAAUGGAAACUUGGGACUCAACUUGAGUUCUCUUCUCUUUGUUACGAAAAGAGCAGGCAAGGGCCGGUUUUUGCCCUGAACCAAAAUCAAACUUGGGAUUCAAGUAUUGAAUUGUAAAAAGAGAAUGUUGCACCAACUUUUGCCAUUUCAUUCCUUUA